AUGAUUCUUACUCGGGUUCUGGAAGAAUCGGCCUGCCCUUUCCCUCCAAUUCCACAUAAUGUCGGUUUUGCUACCCCAAUGCAACACCUCUUUCAUGCAAUCCCCUUCAAAAUCAGCACCACGGGCUUUUCCUACAUUCCAGCAGUGGUCCUAGCUAGUUGGUCCGUUGUCCUCGCCACUCAUAGCUCCGCACAAGAUGUGGUAUAUGGGGUUAUUCUGGAUGACCAGAGCAGCAUUGUUCCUCUCAAGGCAUCCAUGAAAAACGGGUCAUCGAUAGUCGAUUUCUGUCAUGAGAUGCAACGAUUCUUAUCUGGGAUAACCGUGCAUUCGCAUUCAACAGUUGAUGGAGUCAGCAAGAACUGUGAAGAUGCAUCUCAAGUACGAAAAUUCCAGACUGUGAUAGAUGUUCGAAAUCUAUUCAAAGCGAGAACACCAUCUCCCGGAGUUCAUCGUUUCACAGAGAACGCGAAGGGAACUGUUCAUAUUACAUGCCAGCUAAUCGACAAGUACUUGGGUUUUACCGCCAACUUUGACGCCACCUUGGUCUCGUCGGCUCGAAUGCAGAAUAUUCUUUAUGAAAUGGGACACGUGGCUACUCAGCUCGUGGCUGCCAGCCCUAACACCGCUCUGGAUGACCUUGAGGUGAUCAGUCCCCACGAGAUGAUGCAGAUUCGAUCGUGGAAUUAUGGGCUAUCGCUAGAUGCCGAGGGGACAUGUGUCCAUGAUACGAUCAGCGCCUGGGCUCAAGUGCAGCCUAGCGCAGAAGCCAUAUACGCUUGGGAUAAGGCUUUGACUUAUGCAGAACUAGAUCGGUUCGCAACGAGUCUCUCGCUGCAUCUGAAUCAGUUAGGCGCUGGGGAGGGCGACAUCAUACCGAUCUGCUUCGAGAGAAGCGCCCUGGCCAUUGUGGUCAUGCUCGCGGUUCUGAAGACCGGAAGCGCCUUCGUUCCAUUGGAGCACUCCAACCCAGUUAGCCGAAAUUUGGAAAUCGUGCAGCAAUCCGGGGCACAUAUGGUACUUGUUUCCAGCGAGCAAUCUCAAGACUGGAUUAAUAAAGCAGCCACCUUUCCUAUCGAUUGGGACCUUCUCUACGCUCUGCCUCCUCAGAAGAAAACGGCUCUCCGACCAGUCGAUCCGACAUUAUUGGCAUAUAUCAUUUUCACGUCUGGAAGUACGGGGAAUCCGAAGGGAGUGAUGAUCGAGCACCGUUCAUUAAGUCUGAGCCUAAAAAUCCACGGACCAGGGUAUAUCUAUAAUCAGAACACCUCGUCACGGGUGUUGCAAUUUGCAUCGCUGGCCUUCGACGCCUCGAUGACGGAGCAUAUAGCCCCACUCUCGCAUGGUGGCUGUGUCUGCAUUCCCGACCAUGAGACGCGUAUGGGGAAUAUUGCAGAGUUUAUGAAUGCUGCUCGGGUGAACUGGGCCUUUUUUACCCCUUCGUUUUUCAAAUUGAUUCAGCCACAUGAUGUUCCAUUGCUGAAAACGGUGGUUCUCGGCGGAGAGGCCAUUACCGAUGAUUGUAUAGACCGCUGGGCUGCUCGGAUCACGUUGAUCAAUGGUUAUGGACCGUCUGAGACAACGAUCGUCGCCACAGCUUGCAGGGUGUAUCCAAAUAGCACAAACCGUGCAUCUAUUGGUACUGGACUUGCAUGUAGGGCCUGGGUAGUCGAUGUGGAUGAUGUGCAGCGCCUCCUACCAGUUGGGCUCGUGGGGGAGCUUCUCAUUCAAGGACCGACAGUCGGUCGAGGGUAUCUAAAUGAUGAGGAGAAGACAGGAGCGGCAUUUAUAUCAACGCCUAGGUGGCUGCCACAAAUUUACCAAGAUCACAGGCUUUACAAGACAGGGGAUGUAGUUCGUCUUGAAACUGACGGCUCCAUCACCUAUGUCGGUCGCAAAGAUACACAGGUCAAGAUACGUGGCCAGCGGAUUGAAUUGUCUGAGAUCGAAAGCCGUAUUUCUUCACAACCCGAAGUCCAGCAUGUUGCGGUAUUUGCACCCAAAGACGGACUUUUUGCAAAUCGGCUGGUUGCAGUGGUUGAUCUCCGUUUUUUCUCGCUCUCGUCGACGAACUCGACAACCCGCGUUGAGCUUCUUCCCAAGGCCAUAAUACAACAAGCGAAUGCCUAUGUGGCAAGUAUCAGAGACUCAAUCUCUCAGCUGUUGCCAUCCUAUAUGGUCCCCGACAUCUGGAUCCCUAUCGACGCAAUGCCAAUCAGCAAUUCUGGGAAAGCCGGACGGUCUGUUGUAAGAGCAUGGCUUGCACGGAUGGAUGAGGAAACAUACCACCAAAUUAUGAAGGAUGGCACCGAAACAGGAGAGGUCAUUGCGAAACUACCUACGAGCCGGGCAGAAAAAAUAUUGUGCAGCGCCUGGGCUUAUGCUUUGAACCUUGAUCCCGCUUCAGUCAGCAUUGAUAUCCCAUUUCAAGCUCUGCAAGGUGAUUCAAUUAGUGCCAUUCAGGCGGUUACCAGAUGUCGCAAGGAUAAUCUUCAGGUCAAAGUUGCAGAUAUUCUUCGAGGAGACACAAUAGCUCAGCUGGCGGUCAACUCUGGCUCAAUCAGGUCAUCGACUACACAGGUCAAAACAGACUGUCAGCGCCGCUUUAAACUGUCCCCAAUACAACAAAUGUAUGCGCAGCAUGCACCGCAGGAAAGACAUCACUUCAAUCAGAGCAUCCUUCUGCGGGUAACAAAGCCUGUUUCGGAACAAUCUAUUUGGCGCUCACUCUCGGCGGUGGUUCAGCGGCAUCCCGUUCUUCGCGUCCGUUUCCACAGAGCCGAGCAAGAAGGAUGGACACAGCGGAUCACUGGUGAGGUAGAGAAGUCUUUUACAUUUCAAACACAUAAUAUCGCCGCAUCGUCUGAUGCCCGGUCCAUCCUGAGCCAGAGCCAGAGUGCCGUGGAUGCCAUUGCUGGGCCGGUCUUCCACGCAGAUCUCAUCACGAUGGAUGGCAGCUCGCAGCUGUUGUUCCUCGUGGCGCAUCAUAUUGUGAUAGACUUGAUCUCCUGGCGUAUUAUCAUCGAUGACCUCAACACCUAUAUCGACACAGGGUGCCUUGGUGUUGGAGAGUCGGUUUCGUUUCAGACAUGGUGCGAGCUCCUCGAGGACCAUGUCCGGCAAUUCUGGCCACCUUCCAAGGCACUCCCAUAUACAAUACCAUCGGCUGGACUUAAAUAUUGGGGCAUGCAAGGACUAGACAAUGUGUAUGGCGAUGUUAUGCAUAUCCAAUUCACAUUGGCUCUCGAUACAAAAUUAGCCAUUCUGGAUGCCUGCCACAAAAUCGGAUGCGAACUGUUGGACUUGUUCCUCGCCACCUUGUUCCAAUCGUUUGCUAAGGUUUUUGAUGAUCGCGAACUGCCUCCGGUCUUCAAUGAAGGGCAUGGUCGUGAGCUUUGGGACGCGGAAAUCGACAUAUCCGCAACGGUGGGUUGGUUCACCACACUGUGUCCAAUUAUUCCCUGUACCAGCCCGGAGCACAGCAUUCUUGAGGCUGUCCGUCGGGUUCAACACACUCGGAAGAGCAUUCCGCACAAUGGACUUAUUUAUUUUGCUUCUAGGUUUCUGGAUCUUCGUGAGUCCGGAGUAAACAUGGCCGAGAUUGUCUUUAAUUAUAUGGGGUCAUUCCAGAACCUUGACCGCGAGGACCCUGUGCUACAACUUGUUCCAGGCUCUCUUGGCAUUUCCGGUGAUUUUGCCAGCGCCAAUAUGCGUCGCUUCUCCUUGCUUGAGAUCUCUGCCAGAAUGACAGAGAAAAACCAAAUCGAGUUCACCUUCUCGUACAAUCAACAUAUGAAACAUCGUGGCCGUAUUGAGCUCUGGGCCGCACAAUGCGCAAGGCUACUCGAGCGAGCUGCUGAAGAACUCGGCCGUGACUCCCCCAACAACCGUCUCUGCGAGAUGUCUCUCAUGUCUAUAGAUUACGAAGAAGCAUCCACCUUUCUCAAUAAUGUGAUUAGGGAGUUGGACAUUACCUAUCACAAGCUAGAGGCUGUAUACCCCACGUCCGCUAUCCAGAACGCCAUGCUGGUAGCUCAGGAUGGACCGCUUGGCUGCUACAGAACUCGUCUGGCCCUCAACGUGACAGGGGCCCAUGGGCAACCCGUUGAUCCCCAGACUCUCCACGAGGCCUGGAAUAAAGUUGUUCAGUACCAUUCCAUCCUCCGAACGGUCUUCGUCAGGCGUGCACAAAAUAAAAAUACAUUCGAUCAGGUUGUCCUCCGGAAAACGACUGCUAUGGUGGAGCAUAUCAGCUUAUCCGAGUCAACGAGCUUCCACCACAUCCUCAAUGUUUCUUCUCCUGAAUUAUUAUCAUGGUCCCCACUCCAGCCCUGUCACCGACUCACAAUCUGUAAAGUCGGAGAAGACCAACUCGCAUGUCUCCUCGAAAUUAGUCAUGCCCUAAUCGACCAAGCUUCCUUGGCCCCGAUUUUGGACGAUCUCGCUCGGUUUUAUUCAAACAAUCUCCCAACUCACCCAGCCACGCCAUACAGCACGCUCGUCAAACACAUCGCAGGCCAGGACCCCAUCGAAGCAAUCAAGUACUGGAAUUCCAUUCUGCCAAAUGAUACUGAACCAUGCCAUCUGACCUUCCCAAUCUCUUCCUCUACCACUGAUCCUCAGAGCAUGAGAAUCAGACAUACCAUCAUCCCUCUAUCAUCAUCGACGAAGUCUUUGCUCUCAAACGCUUCCCUCACAAAAUACACACCUUCCACCGUUCUCCGAACGGCCUGGGCUCUCCUCCUCCAGCAGCACACUGGCUCCUCAAGUCCUAUAUUCGGAUAUGUGGUGUCAGGCCGGGACGUACCUAUCGACAAUAUCGGGUCUAUCGCUGGUCCGUUCCUGAACAUCCUCGCGUGUCGCAUCUCCCUAGCGGGCACCCCUAAUCGCCCUGCAGUUACAACCUUGCUGGAGAACAUGCAGACGCAAUUCUUGGAAAGUUUGCCGUAUCAGCAUCACUUCCUCACUUUUGCUGCGCAGCAGCAGCACCUACGGACUAGGAACGGGAAUUCGGAUGAUUUGGCAGGAGGGGCACCAACCAGAUUGCUUUUUAAUACAUUAUUCAAUUUUCGAAGAAACAUGUCUGCAGCCCGUACGGAUGACGGGGAACUGGCGGCAUUGGAUUUUAAACCUGUGGGCGAGGAAGAUCCUUUUGAUUAUGAUAUUGUCGUUGAAAUUGACCACACGGAAUCAGGCGAUUUCGUCGCCAAGUUGACAUCCUGGACACAUGUUGUGCCUGAAGCCGAUGUGAUCAAAUUAGCGGAGGAGUAUGCAGAGUCAGUUGCGGCUGUGUCCACUGUCUAUCAUCGGCAGAAGGAUUAA